GUCUCCCAUCUAAACCCAACAAAAGGGCACUUGGCUCGCGCGCAUCUUAGGAAAGGGAGGAGGAGGACCCAGUGAGGGGACGGCUGUUAGGAGCGGUUGACGAGCCGCCAUAGCCGGGAAAAGAAGGACGACGAGCCCGCCUGACCAUCCUCGAGUGCGCUUUCUGUGCUCGACAUCCGGCUGGCGAGCAAUAACAGGUAGCGGAGUCUCUAGCCCGGUGCGCUUGGGCUGGCGCAUUUCUGACCCGGUGCGGUGCGGUGCGCUGGGGAGUUCCUGGCCUGCCGCAUGCGCGCGGGGCGCGGAGAGGAGCGACACUUGAACGUAGACCAGCUGGGGGAGAAAUCAUGGCGCAUGUUGUGACUUCGAAUCAGCUGCUCUCUUCUCUCGGGUAUCGAGCACAUAUUUCUCCUCCCUCCUCCGCCUCGUCGUCCCCGUCGUCAUCGACUUCCUCCUCUGCCUCCUCGUCGCGGCGCUCUUCUAGACCAGCUGCGCAGUCCUCGGGCAAACAAUCGACCAUUCUUGGCGUCGCACCGGUUGUUGGUAAUUACGCUGCUGCUGCUGCUGGAUCGGCCUCUCUCUCGUUGCCACGUGGCAGCAGCUCGGGCUUCGUCGCGUCCGCUCGGAGCUGUUGUCCGCUUACAGACCGGCUUCACCGUCGGCGGGGUGUCAGUGGUUCUUGGGCAGAACAUUUCGCCGCCUUUGAUGGAUUGAGGAGGAGGGCGUCGUCGGUGAAUGAGGGAGUGGGAAAGAGAAAUCAACAACUCAGGUGGCAGACUCAUGGGGAGCGCAAAUGGUGGCCUUUCCUCGCUGCCACGAGGCGAUCAGUCAUUCGAGCUUCAUCGUUUGCACAAAAUGGUCAUGGAAAGGCUGCCGGCAAAACCAAGGAAAUGGGCGUUGAGGUGGUGGACAUGGAGGAUCUCUUGAAGGAGAGGGAUGCAUGUGGUGUCGGAGUGAUAGCCAAUCUGAAGAACAAGGCAAGCCAUAAGAUUGUAGAGCAGGCAUUGAUUGCACUUGGAUGUAUGGAGCAUCGAGGGGCGUGCAGUGCGGAUAACAGGUCAGGAGAUGGCGCUGGGGUGAUGACUCGCAUUCCUUGGGCACUGUUCAAUGAGUGGGCGAAGGAGAAGGGCCUUGAUCCCUUGGAUGAAAACAACACCGGAGUGGGGAUGGUGUUUCUACCAAGAGAUCUGGAGAAGGCAGCUGCAGCGCAGGAGGUGGUGAAAAGAGUUCUGGAAGCAGAGGGUAUUGAGCUUCUAGGGUGGAGAGAGGUCCCAGUGACAGAAUCUGUUUGCGGUAUUUUUGCCAAGGCCACACUGCCGACCAUUCGACAGGUCUUUGUGAAGAUGGCAGGAUGGGACAAUGUUGGAGAUAUCGAGAGGGAGUUGUUCAUUGCAAGGAAGAAGAUCGAGAAGGCGGCAAAGGAAGAGGAGUGGGGGAGUGAACUGUAUUUCUGUGGCCUCUCCAGUCAAACGAUUGUAUAUAAGGGAAUGCUGAUGGCGGCUGCUCUUGGCGAGUUCUACCAGGAUCUAAAGAAUGAUCUUUACGCCUCGUCGUUCGCAAUCUACCAUCGUCGCUUCAGCACGAAUACAAAUCCAAAGUGGCCGCUUGCACAGCCGAUGCGUUUCUUGGGGCAUAAUGGAGAGAUCAACACUUUGCAAGGAAAUCUGAAUUGGAUGAGGUCACGAGAAAGUGUGAUGACACAUCCAGAUUGGAAAGGUCGAGAAGAUGAGUUUCGGCCAAUUGGAAAUGCAAGCAAUUCGGAUUCUGCAAAUCUUGAUAGCGCAGCAGAGGUUCUUCUACUAAGUGGAAAGACACCAGAAGAGACUUUGAUGAUCUUGGUUCCGGAGGCCUAUCAGAACAAUCCGACAUUACGACAGCAGUACCCGGAGGUUAUUGACUUUUACGAGUACUACAAGGGGCAGAUGGAGGCAUGGGAUGGACCAGCAUUGCUUGUGUUCAGCAAUGGAAAAACUGUGGGGGCCUGUCUUGAUCGUAAUGGACUUCGACCCGCUCGUUUCUGGAGAACAUCUGACGACAUGCUGUAUGUAGCAUCAGAGGUUGGUGUGCUCAAUAUUGAUGACUCCACCAUCUUGUCCAAAGGGAGGCUCGGCCCAGGAAUGAUGGUCAUUGCCAACGUGGAGACUGGAGAGGUUUUGUACAAUAGUGAUAUCAAAAAGCGUGUGGCAAGUCUUGCCCCAUAUGGCGAUUGGCUGAAGUCCAGCCGUGUACAUGAACCGGCACCAUAUCCAAUGUCUUCUACAUUAGAUGGCAAUGGUCUCCUUACGAGGCAAAAUGCAUUUGGAUACUCAAGUGAAGAUGUACAACUCGUGAUAGAGAACAUGGCUGCACAAGGCAAGGAACCGACGUUCUGUAUGGGUGACGAUAUCCCCCUUGCAGCACUGUCGCAACGCCCACAUUUGCUAUUUGAUUACUUCAAACAGCGCUUUGCCCAGGUGACGAAUCCCCCCAUUGAUCCCCUGAGAGAAGGGUUGGUAAUGUCAUUGGAAAUGAACCUCGGCGAGCGAGGCAACAUUUUGAACCUUGGACCGGAGAAUGCAAGACAGGUGCGGCUUCCAUCCCCGAUAUUGAAUGAGCAGGAUUUGAUGGAGCUUAAGGCGGACCCUGAGCUGAAGCCUGCGACAUUGCCAAUCUUCUUUGACAUCUCUCAAGGAUUGGAGGGUGCUUUGGGCAAGGCCCUGGAACAGCUCUGUGCAGACGCAGAGAAUGCCGUUAGGAAUGGAUCAAAGCUCAUUGUGCUCAGCGAUCAGACACCACAGCUGGAGGCUUCGAGGCCGGCAAUACCUGUUCUUCUGGCUGUUGGAGCUGUACACCACCAUCUGAUCCAGCGGGGAGUCCGUUUGAGUGCUUCCAUUGUAGCAGACACCGCACAGUGCUUCAGCACACAUCACUUUGCAUGCUUGAUCGGAUAUGGUGCAAGCGCAAUCUGCCCAUAUCUGGCAUUGGAGACUUGUCGGCAGUGGAGACUGAGUACUAAGAUAGAGAACAUGAUGAAGCGCGGAAGGUUGACAAUGCUGACUGUUGAGCAGGCUCAGAUAAACUUCCAGAAGGCGAUCUCUGCUGGUUUGCUGAAGAUUCUUUCUAAGAUGGGCAUUUCUCUCCUGAGCAGCUAUUGGGGUGCACAGAUUUUUGAAAUUUAUGGUCUCGGAAAGGAGGUUGUAGAUACGGCCUUCAGGGGCACUGUUUCAAGAAUUGGAGGGCUUACCAUGGAUGAGUUGGCGAGAGAAACGGUGUCCUUCUGGUCGAAAGGUCUUUCUCCAGAGGGCGUCAAGAAGCUGGAUAACUUUGGCUUCAUCCAGUUCCGUCCUGGAGGUGAGCACCAUGGGAACAAUCCAGAGAUGGCGAAAUUGCUGCACAAGGCAAUUCGAGAGAAGAAUGCUGAGGCGUAUGCUUACUAUCAAGAGUAUCUUGCCAAUUGCCCCGUGCAUGUGCUCCGUGAUAUGCUGGAGUUGAAAAGUGAUCGCGAACCAAUUCCACUUGACAUGGUUGAGCCAUCAGUUUCCAUUGUGGAAAGGUUUUGCACAGGAGGAAUGUCUCUGGGCGCUAUCUCCCGGGAAACCCAUGAAGCAAUCGCAAUUGCCAUGAAUCGAAUUGGCGGAAAGUCUAACUCAGGGGAAGGCGGAGAGGACCCGAUCCGCUGGAAGCACCUGGAUGAUGUUGACAAGGAUGGAAAGUCUAUGACACUUCCUCAUCUGCGCGGUCUUGUGAAUGGUGAUACUGCGACUAGUGCAAUUAAACAGGUGGCAUCUGGACGAUUUGGAGUGACGCCCACUUUCCUUGUAAAUGCAGACCAACUUGAGAUCAAGAUCGCGCAGGGGGCAAAGCCAGGAGAGGGCGGUCAGCUGCCAGGCACUAAAGUCAGCCCCUACAUUGCAACACUUCGGAAAUCCAAGCCUGGAGUGCCUCUCAUCUCUCCUCCUCCCCACCAUGACAUCUAUUCGAUUGAGGAUCUUGCACAGCUCAUCUACGACCUCCACAUGGUGAAUCCGUCAGCAAAGGUGUCUGUGAAGCUCGUGGCUGAAGCAGGAAUCGGCACAGUGGCUAGCGGUGUAGCUAAAGCGAACGCAGACACCAUCCAGAUCUCUGGGCACGAUGGAGGCACUGGAGCAAGUCCCAUCAGCUCAAUCAAGCAUGCUGGAGGUCCAUGGGAGAUGGGGCUUACUGAGACACAUCAGACACUUGUGGCAAACGGACUACGUGACAGGGUGGUGGUUCGAGUAGAUGGAGGUAUGAAGAGUGGGCGUGAUGUUAUUAUGGGAGCAAUCAUGGGUGCCGACGAGUAUGGUUUUGGGUCGAUCGCGAUGAUUGCCACUGGUUGUAUCAUGGCGCGCAUUUGCCACACAAACAAUUGCCCUGUUGGCGUUGCAAGCCAGAGAGAGGAGCUUCGGGCGAGGUUCCCGGGUGCUCCUGGAGAUUUGGUUAAUUACUUCCUCUAUGUUGCUGAAGAGGUUCGGCAUGCGCUUGCUCAACUGGGUUAUUCCAAGAUGGAUGACAUUAUUGGCAAGACCCAUCUUUUUGCUCCACGUCUUGUCGAUUUGGAGAAGUCCAACUCGUUUGACCUCAGCUUUAUUCUUACGGAAGCUUCAGAAACAGAGUCCACCAGCUCGGAGAGGCGGCGGCAGCCUGUGCACACCAAUGGCGAUGUCCUAGACGACGAGCUUCUCGCCGAUCCUGAGUCGGGUGGAACAGGCAACACCAACAACCUCAACAAAGUCGAGUUCAUGGGGAGUGCUGGUCAGUCAUUCGCAUGCUUCUUGAUGGGGGGCAUGAAGGUGAAGUUGAUUGGGGAGGGCAAUGAUUAUGUCUGCAAGGGUAUGGCUGGAGGGGAGGUGGCCGUGGUCCCGCCCGAAGGUGUCCGAUACAAAGCCGAGGAGGCAACAAUUGUCGGGAACACCUGCCUGUAUGGUGCAACAGGCGGCCGACUGUUUGUGCGUGGCAUGGCUGGUGAGCGGUUCGCAGUGCGUAAUUCCCUUGCAGAGGCAGUCGUUGAGGGAGCGGGUGACCAUUGCUGCGAGUACAUGACGGGGGGAUGUGUCGUCUCUCUUGGAAAGGUUGGUCUCAAUGUAGCAGCUGGGAUGACUGGCGGUCUCGGAUACUUUUUGGAUGAGGAUGGCACUUUCCCUGACAAGGCAGAAUAUGGGCCUUCAGUUGGUCGAACCAGAUCUACAAACAGAUCAUCUUCUGGGGAUACGGAGAACACAGCAGAGGCUUCGAGGGGGGAGGAGGACGAAGGAACAGGGAAAAUGUCACAAGAUUCAGAUACAGAUUUGGAAGGGGACAGUGACAAGGGGGAGGAGGAAUGGGAGGAGGAAGAAUCGAAGGAGGAACCGGAGACGCUAGCACAGUGGAUCAAGCAUGUUCACAAGCUGAAGUGGGAGAGACAUAUUGAAUGCGAGAUUUGUCUGGCACACCAUAAGCAUCUGCGCAAUUUGAAACAAGCCACAGCAGCAGAGGAAAAGAGGCAGGCAGCGAUUUUGGAGGCACAAGUCGAGGAAAAGACGGGGAGCAACAAGGGAAAGGAGGUGCUAGCGAAAUGGAGUGAGAUGCUGCCAAAGUUCUGGCAAUUAGUCCCUCCGAGCGAGGAGGAGACGCCCGAGGCCAGCGUGAAGUACGGCGAUGCCUUGGAAAUCCCUGCCCUUGUAAUGCCAGUGAAAUCUUGAGAGCAUGUUUGGGAGGAUAUGGUAUUCCGGAUGGCAAUGGCGAAAUCUGCCACAUUUGGUAAGUCAAAUCUCUCUGGAGUGGAAGCACAGUUGCUGUGGUGCUCUGGAAGGACAAGUUAUGGUUAAGUGCCAAGUUCUCCGCACUCCACAAGCAAUGGAAAGGUAAUGGAAAGGUUGCUGGGGAGGCUGGGGCAUUUUUUGGAUGACGCACGGGGGAGAAAUUUCCCAUGAAAUGAUGGUCUGUGCUGUGCACGGCAGCUGUUGUCAGUCACCUUCGCCAAUGUCUGAUCUGCUCCAGGUUGAGUACAUAAAAGACGACAUGCGGGUGUUGGGCAGGCAGGUGCACGAAUUGAAGAUGGGUAGCUUACCCGCCGGCGAACUCGUGGUGGCAUCGAUGGUGUGGUGAAUAGCACUGAAUGCAUGACAUGGAGCCCGAUGUCAUGUUUCGCGUAUUGUUGUUCGUUGUUUGAGAUGUUUGUUGCCAGGGCGCGAGUGAAAUGGAUUAUCGGUGACCCUAGAGUCGGUAAAUGCAACAGGCAGCCAGUUGGCAGGGGUGGGGUGCGCAUGUGCGGAAUGAUGGGUGGUUGCAGAGAGCUUGGCAGUCUUGGCCGCAAAUUGGCAGUAAUGGUUCAUGAAAUGCACCCAUGGUAUGGAGGAGUGCAGAGAAGAGGCAUAUGUAUAUUCAUGGAUGUGCUGUAUGUGUCCAUAUAGUGAAAGGUGAAAAGUGGUCGUAGUUCACGGCAAGGUGCAACAGCCCCCUGAGCUGUGAUGAGGCAGGCACGACCGGCCUGUAGCUGUGUUCUCUGCAUUGCGGGAUUACUAUUGGAGAGGGAGAGGUCUGGACCAGGUUUACAGGUUCGAAUGUUUGGCUGAUGUGGAGUACCUGGCCAUGCAGCAUCGUAUGGUGCUAAGAGGAAGGGUCUCAGCCAGUGGCAGGCGAAAGGGUUUCCUCUGGGACUAUAACCUACGAACAGGUUCUGUCCGGCUGUAGGAUAGUAACAGGAGAAGGCGAAGUGAGGAAAGACUGAUAGCAGUAGCUCCACAAGGACACACAUGGUUUCUCGCAGCGGCCAUGACUCAUGCAUAAGUCAUUGAUGUCGGCGCUAAGGCAGUGGAUCUUAUGGCACUUGUACCUUGGUUUGGGUGGACGUGAAAGCCAAGUCAUGCCGAAACCAUGGUUUGGGGGGCAAGUAGGGGGUAGAGCGAAAGAGAGACAGAGACAGACAGACAGACAGACAGACAGACAGACAGACAUGUUGGUUGACAUGUGAUACAAGUCAUGCCGAAACCAUGGUUUGGGGGGCAAGUAGGGGGUAGAGCGAAAGAGAGACAGACAGACAGACAGACAGACAGACAGUGACAGAGGGCGGCACCUUCUGACUGUUUAGGUGUGUACUUGUAGUGUUGGUUGACAUGUGAUAGAAGGAAAAGGUGCUACUACUUCAAGCUUUCUUUGGUGGUGUUGUAAGCUCAAACUUGUAGCUCGCCAACUUCAUGACUCGGGAUUGCAAUGGCAAUUUGGCAAAAUCCAUUUGUGCUUUUGGUCAGAAGGAAGAAAUGGCGACGUGGGAAACGAGGUAGUUUUCGUACUCUCGUAGGGAGGGAUUUCGUCAUGGGAAUCUCAUCUACAAGAAUGAUCAUCAUGAUGGACUGGAUUGUAAAGUGAUGCGACUGCUUUGCUACGUGCAGCUCACGCUCAUGCAUUAAUUUGCAGUCGGCGUUUAGUCCCCGUGAUGAAGAGAGCUCACCGUCAUGCAUUUAAUUUGCAGUUGAGGUUUUAAGUCCCCAUGAUGAAUAGAUGAUGGUGGUCACUGUCCGGUGACUUCCAUUUCACUUCAAUACGUCAAGUUGUAGGGCUUUGCGUUUGAGGUUGAGUGCACCCACACACCCCCCCCGCCCCAACCAUUAUGAUUUCUGGAAUGGGUUGAUGGGCUUCUUAGGCGAAUGGUUGGGCUGGGUUUGCCUGGAGAAUAGGGCACAGUUCCUGGCAUAAAAAAGCGAUCAAGGCUGGCACGGAGGUGAAUGGUUGGGCUGGGUUUGCCUGGAGAACAGGGCACAGUUCCUGGCAUAAAAAAACGAUCAAGGCUGGCAGUGAGUUCCGUGCCAGCGUUGUAUAGAAUAUAGUGAGGGAAAGCCAGCACACCAGCAAUUCUCAGGCAAUGGAGGUAGAUGACUGGGCUUUCCCGGAGCAACGGCUAGGAGUUGGCCCGGCGUGCGCUGUUGCCCGGCGUGCGCUUUCGCUCGGCGUGCGCUGUAGCCUGGUGCGUUGUUGCACAGAGAAUGGUGCACAGUUCUUGGCAUAAAGGAAGGUUGGCAAUCCAUUUCAUGUCGAUGUUUGUGUAGAAUAGCGAGGGAAGGGAGCAUGUGAGCAAUUAUCGGGGGAGGGAAGGAGGGAGAUCGCUGGGCUUUUCAGGAGCAAAAUGGCAGUGAGUUGGGUGUGUGCAGUUCUCGUCUUCACACGUCCGACGGGCAUUCGCUUAGGUCUGUAUUACUAAUGCCUUGGAAAUUGGAAACCGAUUAACAGGAGUGGAGGUCAUGCCCACUCUUAUUGCGUGUUCUUGCCACGUCUUUGAAAAAUUUUCGGAUUUCUUUCAGCAGCAGCGGAGUGUCGGGUGGGUGCAGCUCAACAGCAAAGAAAGCAGGCAACUCACUUGAUUCACCCCACCCUACGAAAACAUCGAGGUUAAUGGUCGCUCUCUUGAUGUUCUGUUAUGGUUCUUUGGGCUCAUCAUGUU